AAGUUCAGUACAACCGUUUUUAAGUUUUCUUCGUCUCGAGGGGACGAAAUCUGAAGAGUUAUUGGAGCGAGUUUACGUGCCAAGACGCUGAAAAUGGCUUAUCCCUCGCCGACUGAUCGUAGAAUUAGCGCUCUGGCCGGACACCUCUCCGGUGUCUCUCCGUCGUUGGCGAUGAAUGUCUGUGCCUCUCCGACCUCUUCCUCCUCUCGCGGAAACUCUGUUUUCGAUCACCUUGUUCAAGCACCCGAAGAUCCAAUCCUUGGUGUGACUGUUGCGUUUAACAAAGAUCCAAGCCCUGUCAAGUUGAAUUUGGGCGUUGGCGCUUAUCGUACUGAGGAAGGCAAACCUCUCGUUCUGAAUGUGGUGAGAAGAGCCGAGCAGCUGCUUGUUAAUGAUAGGUCUCGAGUCAAGGAAUAUCUUCCCAUUGUUGGUUUGGCAGAAUUCAAUAAAUUGAGUGCCAAGCUCAUUUUUGGUGCUGACAGCCCUGCUAUUCGAGAAAACAGGGUUACUACUGUGCAGUGUUUGUCAGGUACUGGCUCCUUGAGAAUUGGAGCUGAGUUCUUAGGAAAACAUUAUCAUCAACACACAAUAUACAUUCCAGCCCCAACAUGGGGGAACCACCCAAAAAUUUUCGCUCUGGCUGGUUUAUCUGUGAAGACAUACCGCUACUAUGAUCCAGCGACACGUGGGCUGAACUUCCAAGGUCCACCAGGGAAUAAUUUAUCUAAUAUCAUAUCGUUCAAAACUCACCCUUCUUCUAACUCCAUUUCAAAAUUGAUGGCUCUUCCUUAUUUCUACUUUAGGGGCAUGUACAAUGAAUGGACUAUUGAGUUGAAGGCAAUGGCUGACCGUAUUAUCAGCAUGCGCCGGCAACUUUUUGAUGCCUUGCGUGCUAGAGGUACACCUGGUGAUUGGAGUCACAUUAUCAAGCAAAUUGGAAUGUUUACUUUCACAGGAGUGAAUUCAAAGCAAGUCGCCUUUAUGACUGAAGAAUACCAUAUCUACAUGACUUCUGACGGGAGGAUUAGCAUGGCAGGUCUUAGCGCUAAAAGAGUCCCGCAUCUUGCAGAUGCAAUUCAUGCUGCGAUCACGCGUGUUUCCUAGGUAUGUUAUUUGCAAUUCACUACUCGAUUCCUUUCUCUCUGUUCCUGUUGUUUUGAUGCAAUAAUUUUCACCUCAACAAAUCGGAUGGAUUUAUUGUCGGUUCUGUAUGUAUUAUAUGUUGUUUCGUUUGUAUGCACCAGAACUGUAGGAGCUGUAGGGCUUAAAAGUCCUCGAAAUCAUGUAGCUAACUCUUGUUGGGGUGGUUUUGAAAUAAUUUUCCAGAGGAAUGCAUGCUUUGAACCAAAAACUGAA